UUUUCCUUCUCCUUGGCUUGUUCUUGGUAUUCUUGACCGUUUUCUCAGUACUCUGUCAAGAUGGCGUCUCAACCUGUUGUUCACAAGACGGCGGGAGGCAACGCUGCUUUCCACAACUUUCACAAUGACUACGCACAUAUCGCCGACCCGAACGAGCGACGAAGACUUGCGCUCGCCGAGAUUGACAAGGCGCCUUUUGGCUGGUACCAUGUUCGCGCCUGUGCCGUCGCCGGUAUUGGUUUCUUCACUGACGCCUACGACAUCUUCGCCAUCGGUAUCGUGACCACCAUGUUGGGUGUUGUUUACGCUCAAGGCGGCGCCACACCUGGAAAGCUCCCCGUCUCCUCCGAUACUGCUAUCAAGGUCGCUACUUCCGGUGGUACCGUUCUCGGACAACUUGGUUUCGGUUUCCUCGCCGAUGUCGUCGGACGCAAGAAGAUGUACGGUCUUGAGUUGAUUCUCAUCAUCUUUGCAACUCUCGCUCAGGCUCUUACCUCGGAUUCCCCUGCCAUCACUCUUACCGGAACUAUCAUCUUCUGGCGUGUGCUUAUGGGUAUCGGUAUCGGUGGUGACUACCCUCUCUCCUCCGUCAUCACCUCCGAGUUCGCCACGACCAAGUGGAGAGGCGCCAUGAUGGGCGCUGUCUUCGCCAUGCAGGGUCUCGGCCAAUUCGGUGCCGGCAUCGUCGCCCUCAUCGUCACCGAGGGCUUCCGCGGCUCUCUCUCCUCCGCAGUCGGCAAGACUCCCGUCGCCGUCUGCGAUGGCGUCUGUCUCCUCGCCGUCGACAAAAUGUGGCGUAUCAUCAUCGGAUUCGGCGCAGUCCCCGGUUGCAUCGCCCUCUACUUCCGCCUGACCAUCCCCGAAACCCCCCGCUACACCUUCGACGUCUCCCGCGACGUCGUCAAGGGCGGCUCCGACAUCAAAGCCUACCUCGCCGGCACCCCCGAAGGCAUCCCCGACGAAUGGAAGUACGCCAAGACCCUCAUCGGAACCGCGGGUUCCUGGUUCCUGCUCGACGUCGCCUUCUACGGUAUCGGCCUCAACAACUCCACCAUCCUCCAAGCCAUCGGCUACGCCAACGCCAAGGACGCCUACAACUUCUUCCGCGACAUCGCCGUCGGCAACCUCAUCCUCGUAUGCGCGGGCGCCAUCCCGGGGUACUGGGUGACGGUCGCCCUCGUCGACACCGUCGGCCGCAAACCCAUCCAGCUCAUGGGCUUCAUCAUCCUCACCAUCGUCUUCUGCAUCAUGGGUUUCGCCUACCACCAAAUCGGCACCUCCGGCCUCCUCGCCCUUUACGUCAUCGCCCAGUUCUUCUUCAACUUCGGCCCCAACUCGACUACGUUCAUCGUUCCGGGCGAGUGCUUCCCGACCCGCUACCGCUCUACGUGCCACGGCAUCUCCGCCGCGUCCGGCAAGAUCGGCUCCAUCAUCGCCCAGGCCGCUCUUGCUCCUCUGCGUACCCGUGGCGCGACGAAGACGAAUGCGUCCCCGUGGCUCAACCACGUGCUUCAGAUCUACGCUCUGUUCAUGUUGUUGGGUUGCUUCACGACCCUGCUCAUUCCGGAGACGAAGCGUAAGACUCUGGAGCAGUUGGCUGCGCGAGCUGACUACGCAUUGAAGACAUCCAUUCACAUGCAAACCAUCUCGACUUCUUCCUCCUCCUCUCCACACACAACACCACAUCCUCUCCAACCAUGA